AUGGCGACUCAAAAUUUGGCCUCCGCUAUGGCGGCGUGGAACAGAACAAAGAUAUAUCCAAUCUCAACAGGCCCUCCAGUUUCUCAACCGCCCUUUGCAGCUAUUUCGAACGGGUUGUGGGAAUUGCCUUGGGAAUUACCGUGGGAUUUGCCGUUUGCACCUGCUCCAUCUAGACCGUGGUUUAGCAUCAUGUCUUCGAGGGGUAGCAGUCGAGGGUCGGGCAGUGGCUCCAGCAAGGGGAGUGAGGGCUCGAAACAUUCGAAGGGAACGCACAAAACUGUACGCAAACUCAUCGAAUCGCUUGAAACGCACCGUGUAAACACCUUAACGGAGCUCUGCCGCAUCGAGCGUUUCGCCGCAGCUUGUGACAACGAAGAAGACGCCCGCGCUUUUCAGGGCCCCAUGACCGCAGCCUGGGACUAUUACGUUUCAAGCAACCAGUUCCUCACCGAGCUUCGUGGCCUUACGCGCGACUAUCCCAUCUGCGCUGACAUUAUCUAUGCCGCCGAGGUGAGGGUCCGCAGUGAUCCAUCGUCGAACCGGAGUUGGAACUUGGCCUGGCUACUUCUGAGGAAAAUGAUUGGAGACGAUCUCGUGGCUACUUUCGCCUCUAUAGAGGCAGCCAAGCCAGAGAUGUGGGGAGAUAUGGAACCGACCGAAGAAGAGAUACGGCAACUCGCUGCGUGUUUCGAGUACGAGUGGGACCGCGCCAUCACCACCAUGCUGAGACACUGGGCCGCAUCCCCGAGGUGGUGCUAG